AUGAAUGUCUCUGAACCAGGUUCCAGCAUUGCUUUUGUAAGAGAAUUUAUACUCCAAGGUUUCUCUUGUGAGUGGAAGAUUCAGAUCCUCCUCUUCUCACUCUUCACGACAAUAUAUGCUCUGACCAUAACAGGGAAUGGGGCCAUUGUUUGUGCCCUGUGGUGUGACCGGAGACUCCACACCCCCAUGUACGUGUUCCUGAGGAAUUUCUCCUUUCUGGAAAUGUGGUAUGUCUCUUCUACAGUGCCCAAGAUGUUGAACAACUUUCUCUCAGAAAAAAAAAGAAUCUCCUUCUCUGGAUGUUUUCUCCAAUUUUACUUCUUUUUCUCUUUGGGUACAUCUGAAUGCUUUCUUUUGACUGUCAUGGCCUUUGACAGGUUCCUUGCUAUCUGUCGCCCCUUGCACUACCCUAAUACCAUGACUCUACAUCUCUGUACUAAACUGGUCAUUAUCUGCUGGGUUUGUGGAUUUGUUUGGUUCCUGAUCCCCAUUGUUCUCAUCUCCCAGCUGCCCUUCUGUGGACCCAACAUUAUUGAUCAUGUUGUGUGUGACCCAGGGCCACUAUUUGCAUUGGCAUGUGCCUCUGCCCCAAAAACACAGCUGCUUUGCUACACUCUAAGCUCAUUAGUUAUCUUUGGUAACUUCUUCUUUAUUCUUGGGUCUUAUACUCUUGUCUUAAUCGCUGUGUUGCGUAUGCCUUCAGCCACUGGGAGACACAAGGCUUUCUCCACCUGUGGGUCUCAUUUGGCUGUGGUAUCUCUGUUCUAUGGUUCUUUGAUGGUCAUGUAUGUGAGCCCAGGACUCGGACAUUCUGCUGGGAUGCAAAAAGUUGCAACUCUCCUCUAUGCUAUGGUGACCCCACUCUUCAACCCUCUCAUCUACAGCCUCCGUAAUAAAGAGAUAAAGACAGCACUAAGGAAAGUUCUGAGACUCCCAACAUAA